UAUAUUACACAAAUGUAUUGACCGGACACAAUUACCUUUACUUAGCUACUUGUGUUUUGACUUUCUACGUACUAACAACGGUUGGGUACCCCCAACCACUUACAGAACGAACUUAUACACAAAUUCAUACCGGUAUAUGUACACACUCUUGUAUUAAAUAUACAACAACUCCGUUGACGUAUUUAAAGAUUUUCGAUUUUGACGGAAGCUUUUCAGGUGGGUUAGUGUGAAAAUGACAUAGGUAAAGACAAGCACUAAUGAUAUUUGAAGUGACAAUACCUAUAUAACUAGUCAGCCAACCGCCUACAGCCUCGGCACGAGAGAGUGCCAUUUGAUCAGCGUUAUAUUUGAUCGGGGUCGUGUCUCACCUAGGUAAAUCUAUAUUGUUUUAUUUACCUGUACUUCAUUACAUACAUCGGUCCAUGUGUCUGUGGACAUGGAAACGGCAUACUAAUUGUAAACCUCCCGGAGACACAUUGACACGAUACAAGGUGGUAUUAAGCAACAACUUUCAGUUAUAGAUCUGCUGGAAAAUUUGAUAUAACUUUCGUUACUACUUUUGCUACUAUUGUGGAGAUAUCAUCACGAUAGAGGCUUACUGUCAGACGGAAAUCUCAUAAAACAGGGAACUGUGUAUAGAUUAAGUAAGUGUGCGAUUUUCGUCGAUAAUUAGGUUGAUCUUAUUACGUCCGUGUGACAUUGUCAGGAUCUAAAAGAUGCCGCCUUCAAAUGAGAAAAUGUGGAGUACUAAUUACAUGGACACCUUUAACAAGAGGAAGCCUGCCCGAAAGUCCUACAAGUACAGAAAACCACUUGUGGUGCCGAAGGAAACGGCUAUAGACACGUCAUACCUGAAUCAACGUCCAAAGACAAAUGAGCCACGUCCAAAGUCAAGUCAUGAUCAAUAUAAAAUCAGCGCUGCCGACCAACAAGAGGCUAUCAACGCCUACUUUGCCAACAUGUCCCUCCAGGACGCUGGCUUCCCCUCCUCCUCCAUACCAAUGUUUCUGGAUCCCUCUGGGGAAUGGUCCAGCGAUCCAAACUUCACAGAUCCAUCCCAGCAUUAUAUGUACAAUAUAUUGAACGCAGCUGAUUCUCUUCACGCAAGGACUGAACAACUGCAGAACCAGAAACACAGUCAGGAUUCUAGUGAACUUGUAGAAAAUAUUCGUUCAGGCGCCACUCCGAUACCCUCUCCGCCCAAAGACCCACGCUCCAAAACCCCCGACCCCAGGCAGGACUACCACUGGAUUUGUUGGCCAGAACCCGAGACUAAAACCACCUCCAAGGGAAAAGUUCCACACCCUCCACCUCGUCCUAACACAUCCUUGGGAAUCAGCUGGCCCAAUCCCAGACCAGGAAAUACCGGAGACGAUAUAGAAGACCGACCAAGUUCUACUGAACCAGGUUAUGCGUUCGGAGACCAAGAGGACUUAAAUCGUGGACCUCCUAUGACCUUUGUUCCUGAACUACAAUCGUGGAUUAACGCUGCUAGUGAUUACGAUAAAGCCUUUAUAUAUCGAAUGAUGGCAUUGAACGGCUCUCUUCCGAUGAUCCCUCCCCAGCACAUGCGCCCAAGACGGGAAACCACCUAUACCUUCGGCCAAAAUAAGCUACCGAUGUCCACGCAAACAUACCUCCCCAACCCCUACGCACAGAGAUGGGUACCGGGCGGCGGAAAUAUGUCCCCAAGGGAUCUGCCAUCGUUGCCCCAAAUGCACCGUAGUUACUCGGAUCUAGACGACCUUAACAACGCCAGACGGUACCUGCGUCCCCAAGUAGCCAAGUCCCAAGAUUACGUCCACGAGCACAGCAUGUUUAUGACAACCCAGCCCAUGUGUCGUGGUCACUUUAUCAUCCACCCCGACUGGGUGUCAGAACGCCUGCCCAAGAGGAAGGUCACUCCUUUUAAGAAAUCCAGACCAAGCAUGAGAUACGGAUCAAUGAAAUAGAAAAAUCAAUGACAGUUAUAUAGAUUAUUUCAUACAUUAUUUAUGUAAUUUAUUUAUUGGUUUUAAACAAACCGCUCAAGAUGUUUCUAUACUGGAGUUUGCUCAAAAGGAAAUUAAAUAUAAUUUGCACCAAAUAUUACCGUUAUCGGUGUGGCUAGGCGUGUAUGUUAUAAGAAUAGCAAAUAAAUAUCAUUUUUAAAGUUACUUUGUCAUACAUUAUUGUAAUGGACGUUAAUAGUUAACAAAUGUGGUAUAAGUAAUGACAAAGGCACCACUUACAUAGCUUUCUAUGUACGUAUAGUACCUAUAGUGGACAAAUUCCUUUCCUGGAAUAGGAUUAUAUAUCAAAACACCGUAGAAACCGUUCUUCUUUUCAACAUAUAAUACCAAUUAGCCGCCAUGAGUCAGCCAUCCCAACUAUGGAGCAGAAAUCAAAGACUAUAUUACUUUAUAUUAUGCAGGGCUGACAAUUAUGUUGUUAAUGUUACAUUUCAACGUACGUAAGAAUAUGUUGUCCUUAAAAGUUCAGCUAUUCUUCACAAGUAGGUAAUUAUUAAGAAUAAAGGAAAUGUUACGGCACAGUUAAUCUGGCCUAGUUAUGUAGAUAUUGCGUUUUUCGAACUAGUUUAGAUAUUUAUAUAGAUUAAGUCAUAUGGACUAUAAACAUGUUCCGUCCACCUAGCAUAGCGUUGUAAUGGCUAUCUAGGAACGUAUCCUCAAUGUAUCUGUGAUAGUCUUUAUAUCCUUAAUGUUCAAAAGCAAAUAGGCAUGAAAAUAAUGUUGAAACAGCAACCAGUUAACGUAUUGGACAUUGAUGAUUUGACCAAUCACAUCUCUGUAUUUACACCAUACUACAUCGUAGCUAGUAAAUGGUAGAUAUCAUAAUAAUGGACUGAGUUAAAUCUUAUCAUUUGUAACAAAUUUAGCUUAUAGAUAGAAAUACGAUUCAAGAUCAUUUUACGUGUAUUUAUUUAUUGUGUCCAUAUACCAAAUACAUCACGAUUUAUAUAGUUGUUUGCUUGUCGCAUUAAUGUAAAUAUUUUUUAAGAUUUUUUGUAUAUAUUAUUUUUUCUUAUACCUGUAUAAAUAGAAUUAUGGAAAACUUACGAUUUGUAUAGUUCCAAUUUUGUUGGACUAUGUUUAUUUAAUAUAACAUUAUCUCAAAGUAUGUCAUUUCCUCUACUUAGUCAUCUUUUGAUAAAGUCAUUAAAAAUAAUGUCUUGACUUUAUUUUCCUUGUGAUCUUACAUUCUUUGAGAUAUUGACUUAAGUUGUUUGUAUAUAUCUGUAAAUUAUGUUCUUAAGAUAGUUCAAAGUCUGUUUUAAGUUGAAAAGCAUGAAGGAUGAAGCUUCAUGGGUCGUUUGCUAAUUACGGCAAAGCCACAGAACACUUUACCAGUGUCAGUAUUAAGUUGUACAGCAGAGUGCGUUUUUCUGGGUGUGGUUUGGUUAUACCUUCUUAUUAUACUGUUAGUUGUUUCUGUCGCCUCUCGUGACAACAUUAGUAUGCACGUGUGUACAUAUCGUAGUUUGGUUAUUGGCAUUUACACGCAAAACUCGUACAGACUCUCCAUAUUUUGUUUUAAAUAACGUUAAAGCUAAGACUAUGUUUUAUUGCCUAUAUUCUAGUUCAUUAAACUCAAUAUGAAACAUC